GCCUCGCUCAUCUCCGACCCGCGCCACACAAACCUCAUCGACGGCCAGCCGUUUCAAAUCCUUAACAGCAUCCACUGAUCUAAGUGUGUGCACGUACCCCGCAGCUCCAGAACCAGGACACGCCCACUGUAUACGCACAGCUCGACCGCAAUGGCGUCGCUCGUCGCCGUCCAGCCGGUCGCCGUGAGGGGCCUGGCCGGCAGCUCCAUCUCCGGCCGCAAGCUCGCCGUCCGGCCCGCCUCCGCCGCCGUCUCCCGCUCCACGCGCAGGGCUCGCGGGGCGGCGGUGGUGGCCAAGUACGGGGAGAAGAGCGUCUACUUCGACCUGGACGACAUCGCCAACACGACGGGGCAGUGGGACCUGUACGGCAGCGACGCGGCGUCGCCCUACAACGGCCUGCAGAGCAAGUUCUUCAACACCUUCGCCGCGCCCUUCACCAAGCGGGGGCUGCUGCUCAAGGUGCUGCUGCUCGGCGGCGGCUCGCUGCUCGCCUACGUCAGCGCCACCGCCUCCCCCGACCUGCUCCCCAUCAAGAAGGGGCCCCAGCUGCCGCCCACCCCGGGACCACGCGGCAAGAUCUAAAUCCCAUCCUUCUUCUUCCCUCGUCUCGCCUCGUGCUUGUGUACCAUGGAUCUCAUCUGAUCUGAUGGAUCUCCCCUAUCUAUGUGUUCUGUUGAUACUUGAUCGUUGUACUUCGUAUCAGUAAUUGGAAAGAUGCUGCGUGCAUGGUGCAUGCAAUUACUA